AUGACGGAACUUGCUUUUGACAUAGUCGUUGAGAUACUUGCUAGGGUUCCGGUUAAGGACUUGCUAAGGUUUAGAUGUGUCUGCAAAAGCUGGCGUUCGUUGUUCCGAGAAGAGAGGUUCAUCAUAAAGCACAAAAAUCAUGCCCCAAGUCGCAAGCUAAAGACGGUAUUACAAGAGCCUGAACUGUACAAUGAUCGAGAGAAAAGUUUGCUUUUCAUAUAUAGAGUCAUCGGUCAUUGCGAUGGACUCUUUUGCCUGCUGCUUCAAGACAAUUCUUUAGCUGUUUGGAACCCUGUUUUGAGAGAAUUAAGAAAAGUAGGAAGAAUCAAGCAUCAGCAGAGUAUGAUUGGUUUUGGUUACGACCACUCAACUCACGAUCACAAAAUCGUUCUGAUACCGCUCACUAUCUCCUUAGCACAAGUGUUGACACUUAAGUCCAGUGUGUCUAAGAUGAUUGAUUUCCCAUGGAGGAAAUCUAUUGGCUUGAGCCGUGUGAACCCUGAGGGAAUCCUGGUGGGUGAAAAUAUCUUCUGGUCGUUCCAUCCUCGUGAAUCUGCUACCGUUGAUAACGGCGAAAAUAUCUUCUGGUCGUUCCAUACACAUGAAUCUACUACCAUUGAAAACGGCGAAAAUAUCUUGUCCUUUAGUCUAGUGUCAGAGACAUUCAACUACUGCUCUGGUCCUGGUGGAAAUUUUUUUCAUUUAAAGGUGUUGAAAGGAAGUCUAUGUGCAGUGGAGAACUGCUACGGUGGUGAUAUGGUUGUUUGGUGUGCGGAGCAUGAGAAGGAAGACAAUGGUCGAAUCAAAUCUUGGAGCACGAUCUUGAGGCUGACGGCAUCCGAUGUGGAGAGGUCAACGCGUUUGCAUGCUGGUUCGUUUUGGCUAGGAGCUGUGAUAAACCAGGCGGGACUGUUGCUUGUAAAGGUGAGGACACGUAAAAGUGAAAUAAAACUAUGCGAAUACAACUUGGAGGAGAAAACUAUGAGAACGGUUGAAACUAGUUUGCGCACAAGUUUAGAUUACCUUGAAAACAUGGAGGAGUAUGUUGCAACGCUUGUUCCUACUAGACCACAUCUACUAAGCAUUUAG